AAUUGGAGCCAUUUUUAUGACAAAAUUGUGAGAGAAAAUAUCAACAAUGUGUUGGUGAUUGUCUUGUGUGCAAUCAUGUGCCACGUACUUGCUGUUUAAUCGUGCCAGUCCUCUUGAGCAGGGCCAUGACAACCACAUGGUCACAGAAUAGAGAUACGUUAACGUAUCUAUUCUGUGACAUGGUGAUGUGACUGGUGUCUAGUCAUGUGUCCUGUCGAGUCAGUCGAGUGGUCGAGAUCCACGAAAGAAGAAGAGUUCAUUGAUUUUCGUAGUGAUUUUACAACGCAUUUUUUGACAAAUUUGUCAUAAUGUACUAUGAAAAUCUAUCCAAUACAUCAAGAAGAAAAGUCGAGAAAGGAACCACAGUAAAUGAAGAGUAAUGUGCAUCUAAUUGAACGAAUAUGAAAAACAAAGUGAAUGAAAAUAUUUUUUGAGUUUUCAAAAGAAAAAUAUAGCGACGACCAGUAUAGUAGCGACGUUUAAAGUGUGUGAGAAAGGACGAUAAAGAACAUGACGAAACAAGAAAUAAGAAAAUCUCCACGUAAAUUCUUUAACGGCACCUGUUGUAAGUUUCAAUAGCUUAUUGCAAUAUGAAUUAAUAUUUCUCAUUAAAGUAAAGCAUUAAAGAAUGGCUGCAGACGUUGGUGCAUGGUUACCGUUUGCUCGAGCCGCUGCAAUAGGAUGGGUUCCACUUGCUCAAACACCAAUGCCUCAUGCCCCAGAAAUACAACGUAAUGAUGACAAAAUCAUUAUCAACGUCUCGGGGAGAAAAUUUGAAACAUGGCGCAAUACACUUGAACGCUUUCCAAAUACAUUGCUCGGAAGUGCGGAAAAAGAAUACUUUCAUGAAAAAGAGAGCAACGAGUAUUUCUUUGACAGAGAUCCUGAUCUAUUUCGACAUAUUUUGAACUAUUAUCGUAAUGGCAAGUUGCAUUAUCCACGAGGCGAGUGCGUUGCAUCGUUUGAAGAUGAACUUAUGUAUUUUGGAAUCUCGAAUAACAACGUUCAUGAUUGUUGCUGGGAAGAUUUUAGCGAAAGAAAACGAGAAUGCAUCGAAAGAGUUUACGAAGAUAAAGCGGAGGAAGAAGAACUUCAAGACACAUCCAACUUAAACAACAGAGAAAGAUUAUGGGCUGCUUUUCAAAAUCCUGAAAGCUCUAAAAAAGCCACACUAAUGUAUUACAUGACAGGAUUUUUUAUUGCUCUUAGCGUUGUAAAUACAAUUGUGGAAACAGUACCGUGUAACGAUAAGGAGAAUUGUGGUACGGCACACGAGAAUAUCUUCUUUGUUUUGGAAUCGGCUUGCGUUGUGGUGUUUACAGCCGAAUACAUAGCAAGGCUAUACGCUGCUCCUGAAAGAUUCAAAUUUGCAAGAGAUCUCCUUAGUAUUGUUGACGUCGUCGCGAUUUUACCUUACUAUAUAAAUCUCUUUGUGAAAGGGAACAUCAGUGGCGCUUUCGUCACGUUACGCGUUUUCCGAAUUUUUAGGAUAUUCAAAUUCUCACGCCACUCAAAGGGACUAAGAAUUCUUGGUUACACUUUAAAAAGUUGUGCGUCUGAACUGGGAUUUUUGCUGUUUUCACUAUCGAUGGCUAUAAUAAUAUUCGCAACCAUCAUCUACUAUGUUGAGAAAGAUGAAAAUAAGACUGAAUUUACAAGUAUUCCUGCCAGUUUUUGGUAUACCAUUGUGACAAUGACAACUUUAGGUUAUGGAGAUAUGGUCCCAGAGACAGUGCUUGGUAAAAUAGUUGGUAGUAUAUGUUCUUUAAGUGGAGUUUUGGUCAUUGCACUACCAGUUCCUGUCAUCGUAUCAAAUUUUAGUCGAAUCUAUCUUCAAAACCAAAGAGCUGAUAAACGCAAAGCACACAAGAAAGCAAAGAUUUCAAUAUCACAGACCUUGACAGGAACAGCGUUUGUCGCUCCUGGAAAUCUUGCUACACUAUCAAUGGGCGGUGGACUUGAGCUCCAGAAGCUUGCAUCACGUGACAAGGAGAAGUCAAUAUUGCAUAAACAACAUGAGCACCUGAUUAGAUGUCUAGAGAAGGCAACUUCAAGAUAUUAUACGGAAAUGGAAUAUGUUUACAAUGGUGAACCUUUAGGACAAGAUGCUCAAAGCUCUUCAAGUUUUUGUACUCCUAGUGGAUCCCCUCUUGUAUCAACACUAUCCUUAGAUAACCCUGAUACUUACGUUAACGAAAGGAAAACUUCUUCAAAGAGGCGAAUAAAAUCUGAGCCUAUACGAAAGUCAGCCACAGAAAAUGACGUAAAAGGCAAUCACGUGACAAAACCUCAGAGUAAUGAUGAUGGUAAUGAUAUGGAGACUAUGGUGUUAAUACAUCACGAAAAUGACGUCAAAGGAAAUCACGUGACAAAACUUCGGGAUGAUGAUGAUGUUCACAAUGAGAUGGAGACUGUGGAGUCAAUGUAUGAAGAAAAUCACAUCAAAGGCAAUCACGUGACAAAAAUUGAGGUUAUGGAUGUUGAAAAUGAAACGGAGACUAUAGUUUCGAUGAGUGACGAAAAUAUUCUUGGCAACCACGUGGGAGAAUCACGUGAGAGAAAUGGUCACAAUGGAAAGCGAAGGCCAUCGCGUGAGUCUAGAGUGUAGUUACGUCAUGUUAGUGGAAAAAGGGAAUGCAUGAGCACUUCCUGAAAUAAACACACUGAUCUCAUGAAGUGCGUCCAUCCACGUGUACAAGACAGUAGCAAAAAUUGCGGGCUCAUGUGGUAUCUUGAUGAAUAAUUGUUUCGAAGUCAUUGAAUUAAACAUAAGUGACAAUUAACUGGGCAAGCAUGAAGUAUCUUAGCUAUGGAUGCAAUUACUACAAUGAAAAUCGACGUAAAAGUUUAACUAUUAUUGACCUUCUUAAAAUAAACCGUGCUGUGCACUAAUACUUUAAUUACUUGUAGAGUUUAUAAUGACCUCUUUUCAACUAUUUUGAUUUUAAACAAUAUUUUUCCAGCCUGCUAGAACUAUGAACUUUUAAAUUAUAUGUUGAUUUUAAGAAUUUAAUACAUCCCAAAGAUGACAACAACUUUCAAUGAAUGUGCAGUAAAUAUAAUUUAUAGAAAAAUCAAAGAUAUUAUUUGCAUAAAAAGAAGUCUUAAAGUAA